UUAAUUUGUGAAUAAAAUAUUUUUAAAAAUAUACUUAAAUAAUGGCUAAUUGGCUGAAAGUAUUGAUACGUAAGAAACCUAUUGAACGGUCGGCUAUUACCACGACAAGACUAGAGAGAUGUCUGUCCACUCUGGAUCUAACUAUGCUGGGCAUUGGCUCCACAUUAGGUCUGGGUGUUUACAUACUGGCCGGUCAGGUGGCCAGUACUAAAGCAGGACCGGCCGUUACACUGAGUUUCUUCAUCGCAGCCGUGGCGUCGGUUUUUGCGGGACUUUGUUAUGCCGGCUCUGCUUAUGUGUAUUCAUACAUAACUGUCGGCGAAUUCAUGGCAUUCAUAAUCGGAUGGAACUUAAUACUGGAGUACGCCAUCGGGUCGGCGUCCAUCGCCCGGGGCUAUAGUGGUUACGUGGACUCACUGGUCAACUACCAGAUCCAAGACCACUUUACAAAGUGGGCGCCCCUGAACUUCGGCACAUCAAAGUAUUUUGACUUUUUUGCCUUUUCUAUUGCAAUACUAAUCGCAGGACUACUGGCUAUCGGUGUGAAGAAGUCGACGCGACUUAACGCUGUAUUCACUGUUAUGAAUGUUUUAGGAGUCAUAUAUGCCAUCAUUUGCGGA